AUGUCCUAAAAUAUUGAAUAAAAAUCCAAUAAAUUUUAAAGCGAAUGUAAAUCUGAGCAAUAAUUAGGUUUUAAAGGUGCAUGGAAAUAAAAGCAAUUUUUAAUUUUAGUAAAUGUAAAGAGAUUCAUUAUAAGAAUUUUAAGUUUAUCAUUUAUAAGAAGAUAUAAUAGUUUAACAAACCAUCAAUUAAAAGUUAUUAAUGAUAAAACAGUAUUCAGUUAUAUAUACGAAAGUCAAUUUUUUCAAAAAAUGUUAAAUUAAAAAUGUAAAAAUAUUAAUUUUUAAAAAUACGCAAUCAUAAAACAUUUAGUUUAAUUUAUCAAAAACCAUAAUAAAGUUAUUUUUCCAGACUCUAAUUUUAAAAUAAUAUGGAAUAUUCUUUUAAUUACAUUUAUUAUUUGGCUAACUUAUUUAAUUCCAUUAUAUGUUACAUUUGAUUUAAUAGAUAAAUCAGUAACAUAAUUACCUAUAUUAAUCUUUUUGUAAGAUAUAUUAAUCAAAUUUAACACAGCUUAUUAUAAAAAAGGUUUAGUAGAAACAUCUCGUUAUUAGAUAUGUAAAAAUUAUUUAAAAAAUUAAUUUGCUUUUGAUUUGUUUAUUUUAUUACUAUUCGGAUUCAUAUAAACAAAUGAUUCAAAUACCCUAUUACUUAUAGAAUUAUGUUUAAUAUAUAGAAUAUCAAUAAUACUAUCUGAAAUAGAGCAAGCAGUAAAUUUACAAAGAAAACAACAAUCAAUUUACUAAUUAAUAAAACUUUCAGUUUUAGUUCUAUAUAUAGCUCAUUUUUGCGGAUGUUUAUAUUUUUAUGUGGGCAAUUAAACAUAUUUAAACAACGAAAUUAAUUGGAUUGAGGAAAACUAACUAUCAGAAUCUUUAUUUUAGGGAAAAUAUAUAUGCUCUUUAUAUUGGGCUGUAAUAACAAUGCUGACUGUGGGUUAUGGAGAUAUAAGACCUUAUAAUAUAAAAGAAAGAAUAAUUGUAAUUUUCAUAACUAUAUUUUCAUGUGGAAUAUAUGCUUAUGCAUUAAAUAGAAUAGGGUAGUUAGUUUAGGAAAUAGUGUAAUAAGAUUAAGAAUUUAGAUAAAAUUUUGGGGAUUUAUAAUAAUAUAUGAAAAAAAGAAACCUUAGUGUAAAUACUUAGACAAAAGUGAAAAGAUAUUUCGAGUAUUUGCAUUAAGAAAAACAUGAUUAUUCAGAAAAAGGACAAGAAAUGUUGAAUGAUUUAAAUUUAAAUUUAAAAAAUGAAGUUUUGACAGAACUUAAUUAUUAAAUUUUGGCCCAUUAUAAAAUUUUCCUUUUGAAUUUUUCUAAACCUUUUUUAAAUGAACUAGCCCUUAAUAUGAAAGAAAAAACAUUCCGUCCAGACGACAUUGUUUGGGAAAGUAAAGAUUUCUACUCGAACAAUUAAGGAGUUCUGUUUUUUAUUAUAAGAGGUUAAAUUAGUCAAUAAAUUAAUAAUAAUAUAUUCAUUUAAAAUAAAGAAGAAGGUGAUUUUUUUAAUGAAAAGGUUUUCCUUACAGACCAAAACGAGGAUAUUUAAUAUAUUUCCACAUGUAUAAGUACAUUAGUGAUGUUAUCAAAAAACGAUUUCUUACAAGUGCUUUAAAAAUAUGAGUAAGAUAAUGAAAUGUACUUUAAAAUAAAGGACUAAGUGAAAAACUUAGGAAUGUUUUCAAAAUUAGAUUCUAAAUGUGAAAUUUGUGGUUAAUUUACUCAUUGUUAUAAUUAAUGCCCGUAAGUAAAUUUUCAUACUAAUAGGGAUAAAAUAGCAUUUAAAUUAAUGUAAAACGAAUCAUAAAAACGAUAAUCUUUUGUAAGAAAAAAAGUAGAAUGCUUAAAUACAUUUAUAUUAGAGGAUUAAACAAGAUUUAAUGCUUUGUUAUAAAAAAAAGAAAUUCAGGAAUCUAUAUUAGAUUAUAUUUUAGAGUAUAAUCCUUUAAAAUUAGAUUUAAAUUAUUUGUAUGAAUAUAUUAAUAAUAUAUCGAAUUAUAAUGAACACUUAUAGAACAAAAUUCUUUAAUUGGAAUAAGAUAAUAACGAUAACGUUAUAAAAGAAUAAUAAACACCUUAAGGCUAAUUAUAAAAAAAUGCAAAUAGUUAAGAAAUUUACAGUGAACCUGAAAUAAAAGAAUUGCAUUAGUGUAUUUAAGUUUAAAAAACAAACAUUUAUUUAAAAUAAAACGAAAAAUAAUUAACUAAUAAAAAGUUUACUAAAAAAAAUAUCUUAUAGUUUUUAAGGAAAAACAUUAAUAAAUAAUAAUUAUUAUAAUGA